GGUUAUGGUGGUCUGCAUCGCGGAGGCUGACGAAAAUUGUCAAGUUCACAUGAAAAUGUGCGUUUUAUGAGAUUAUUUCGCAUAAGUUGAGCGUGUAACUUCUCACGAAUUACCCCGUAGAUCUCUUCUCUCGAAACAUCCUGUAGACAUCGCGAUAUCGACAGAACUUUGAACACGCUCGGAAAUGGAGGAGUACGCCCGCGAGCCCUGCCCCUAUCGCAUUGUCGACGACUGCGGCGGUGCCUUUGCCAUGGGGUGCAUCGGAGGGGGUGUUUUCCAGGCGAUAAAGGGCUUCCGCAAUGCCCCGUCGGGCUUCAGCAGAAGAAUGCUGGGCAGUCUGACAGCCAUAAAAGCCAGAUCACCCGUGAUUGCGGGGAAUUUCGCCGUGUGGGGCGGAAUGUUCAGCACAAUUGACUGCACUCUAGUUCACCUGCGCAAGAAGGAGGAUCCAUGGAACUCGAUAAUCAGCGGAGCGGCGACUGGAGGGAUUCUGGCAGCGCGAAACGGCGUUCCUGCGAUGGCCGGUUCGGCUAUCAUUGGCGGCGUGUUGCUGGCGCUGAUUGAGGGCGUCGGAAUCCUGUUCACGCGACUCUCCGCCGAGCAGUUCCGCAUGCCCAGUCCAACGGAGGAUCCCGCCGUGCUGGGCGAUGCUGGCCAGAGAGACGGCGGUGGCGGUGGCGGCUUCAGCUUCGGGAAGCCUCAGCCCAACUACCAAUAGUAAGGUCCACAGAUAGACGCCCUUCCGUGGACUCUCUACUAGUGCUUGUGUGAGUGUGGCCAGAGAUUCGGUGAACAUGUGAUACCUGUGUGAAUGAGGACUCUCGGGUGAACGAGAGAAUUUUUGGAUGAAUCCUCGCCCGAAGAAUCUCUUCAGUGGGGAGAACAUAGAGUAAUUUAAUCCUGCUACUCUCCUCCUGCUCCAGGGAUUCGAGGAGCAUCUCAGGGAGACUGUGUUGCUCUGUCUGGUCAUUCCUGAAUGCAAAACAACUGAUUUAUUGACACAAACGGGCGAAGAUUCAACAAGGUAAAAUUCUCUGUAUAUAAAAAUCAUAUUAAAUAAGACUACCAAGACCAA